UAUUCAACAUUCCCUCCGCCCGAAUAUUCCAUCCCCCAACCCUAUUAAACCCUGCAUUUCGUUUCCCUUCAACCCUUCCACUCAAUCACUUACAACCAUCUUUCUGAUAAGUAUCAUCGUAAGAUGAAGUUUGAGAAGAUCCUCAAGAGCCUCAUCGAGCAGACCUUACCCAGUUGGCGUGACAAGUUCUUGUGCUACAAAAUCUUGAAGAAACAGUUGAAACUUAUGUGUUCCGAACAUGGCCAAAUUGAUGCCAACCAACUCAACCGUUUCCUUAACCUCUUGCAGCUAGAGAUCGACAAGUUUAACACUUUCUUUAUUGAAAAGGAAGAAGAAUAUGUCAUCAAAGGGAAGGAGUUGCAAGACAGAGUUAUGGAAGCCUUGGAUUUAAACGUAGACUUAAUGUCAGAAAUAGUAGAUUUUCAUGGAGAGAUGGUGUUGCUAGAGAACUACAGUGCACUCAACUACACAGGUUUGGUGAAGAUAAUAAAGAAGCACGAUAAGAAAACUGGUGCUCUACUUCGCGUGCCUUUUAUCCAAGAUGUGGUGAAGCAACCCUUCUAUGAAAUUGACGUAAUUAACAAGCUUGUGAAGGAGUGUGAGGUACUCAGCAUUCUUUUCACCAACGGUUCGUGCUCAUCGAUGGGCCAAGAUUUUAUGGAAAAUGGUUUUGGCUCAGUGAGUAUCAAUGAAAAUGAAGAGACUGUAAUGCAGGUUCCCGAUGAACUUUCUGACCUAAAAAAUAUGAAGAACAUGUAUAUCGAACUAACACUGUCAGCACUGCAUACCUUGGAACAAAUCAGGGGUAGAAACUCAAAUGAGAACAUGUUCUCAUCACCUUCUCCUCAUAACUAGCCUUUGCAAUUUCAAGAGGGUUGAAACGAAAGAUAAAAUGCACUAGAGAUAUAGCAACCUAGUAGAUAAGAAUAACAUGGAUCUUCCCGUGUUUUUUUUAUAUGUGGUUGAUAGAGAGAGACAAAAAGAUAAUGGGAAUCUCAGACACAUGAUGUGUGUUGUUGAGUCUUAGUCUCAUAUGUUUCCUGAUAUAGCAAAUUCAUCGAUGCUCUUUUCUGUGUGGAGAUCCAACUCAAUAAAUUUGAAUGGAGAACUUGUUUUACUUAUGGUAGGUAGGUGUGGUUUGAUUUUUUUUUCUUUUCCUUUGUCUGGUUUCGAUGUACAAAGUGGUUUUUCUUCAGGCUUUUGGAGGUGUUAUGAACUGAUAAGAUAUGUUCUGCUCAAUCUUCAGCCCUCAAAAUGAGGUGCAAGCAGUAUCAAUGUUUCUUGCAGAUGUAAAUUUUUAUAUGAAAUUGUAUGUUACUUGCAUGUAUGUUUAAAA